AUGCCUGGCGGACGACGUGGACUGGUUGCGCCGCAGAACACAUUCCUCGAGAACAUAAUAAGGCGCUCCAAUUCCCAGCCGGACAGCUCGUUUUUGUUGGCCAACGCACAAAUCGUCGAUUUUCCGAUCGUCUACUGCAAUGAGUCCUUCUGCAAGAUCAGCGGCUACAACCGUGCCGAGGUCAUGCAGAAGUCGUGCAGGUAUGUAUGCGGCUUCAUGUAUGGCGAGCUGACAGACAAGGAGACGGUGGGACGGUUGGAGUAUACGCUGGAGAAUCAGCAGCAGGAUCAAUUCGAAAUAUUGCUCUACAAGAAAAACAAUAUACAAUGUGGCUGCGCCCUCUCGCAGUUUGGCAAGGCACAAAACCAAGAAACACCGCUAUGGCUGCUCCUGCAGGUGGCUCCCAUACGCAACGAAAGGGAUUUGGUUGUGUUAUUUCUGUUAACGUUUCGGGAUAUAACGGCACUCAAACAGCCCAUCGACAGCGAGGAUACCAAAGGUGUUUUAGGUCUAUCGAAAUUCGCCAAGUUGGCGCGAUCGGUUACCCGCAGUCGACAAUUCAGCGCACAUUUGCCAACGCUGAAGGAUCCAACGAAGCAGUCAAAUCUGGCGCAUAUGAUGUCACUGAGUGCCGAUAUUAUGCCACAGUACAGACAGGAAGCGCCAAAGACGCCACCACACAUACUCUUGCAUUAUUGUGCAUUUAAAGCAAUUUGGGACUGGGUGAUAUUGUGUUUAACAUUUUAUACCGCCAUAAUGGUGCCAUACAAUGUAGCGUUUAAAAAUAAAACCUCGGAGGAUGUUUCUCUGCUCGUUGUGGAUUCAAUAGUUGAUGUUAUCUUCUUUAUAGAUAUUGUGUUAAACUUUCACACCACUUUUGUGGGCCCAGGCGGUGAGGUGGUUAGCGAUCCAAAAGUCAUACGGAUGAACUACCUGAAAUCGUGGUUCAUCAUAGAUCUGUUAAGUUGCCUGCCCUACGAUGUCUUCAAUGCCUUCGAUCGUGAUGAGGAUGGCAUUGGUUCCCUGUUCAGCGCUUUGAAGGUGGUUCGUCUAUUGCGACUGGGUCGUGUGGUGCGAAAACUGGAUCGGUAUUUGGAGUAUGGGGCCGCCAUGUUGAUACUGUUACUGUGCUUCUACAUGUUGGUAGCGCAUUGGCUGGCCUGCAUCUGGUACUCCAUUGGUCGCAGCGAUGCGGACAAUGGCAUUCAAUAUAGCUGGCUGUGGAAGCUGGCGAAUGUGACACAGUCACCAUAUUCUUAUAUAUGGAGCAAUGAUACGGGCCCAGAGCUCGUCAAUGGUCCAUCCAGGAAGAGCAUGUAUGUGACAGCUUUGUACUUCACAAUGACUUGCAUGACUUCGGUGGGCUUUGGCAAUGUUGCAGCGGAGACAGACAACGAGAAGGUGUUCACCAUCUGCAUGAUGAUCAUUGCAGCUCUGCUGUACGCAACGAUCUUCGGUCAUGUGACGACCAUCAUACAACAAAUGACCUCGGCGACCGCCAAGUAUCAUGAUAUGCUGAACAAUGUGAGGGAGUUCAUGAAACUACACGAGGUUCCCAAGGCAUUAAGCGAACGCGUUAUGGAUUAUGUCGUCUCCACGUGGGCCAUGACCAAAGGACUCGAUACCGAGAAGGUACUAAACUAUUGUCCGAAAGAUAUGAAGGCUGACAUAUGUGUUCAUCUAAAUCGCAAAGUAUUUAACGAGCAUCCAGCAUUUCGUCUGGCCUCGGAUGGUUGUCUUCGCGCAUUAGCGAUGCAUUUCAUGAUGUCCCAUUCGGCGCCGGGGGAUCUCCUUUAUCACACUGGCGAGAGUAUCGAUAGCCUUUGUUUCAUUGUGACUGGCAGCUUGGAGGUUAUACAGGAUGAUGAGGUUGUGGCAAUAUUGGGCAAAGGCGACGUCUUCGGCGAUCAAUUCUGGAAGGACUCGGCCGUUGGCCAGAGUGCCGCCAAUGUGCGUGCCCUGACCUAUUGUGAUUUGCAUGCCAUCAAACGUGAUAAAUUGCUCGAAGUCCUCGAUUUCUAUUCGGCAUUUGCGAAUAGCUUUGCACGCAAUCUGGUGCUCACCUACAAUCUCAGACAUCGACUGAUUUUUCGCAAGGUGGCCGAUGUGAAGCGCGAAAAAGAAUUGGCCGAACGGCGUAAGAACGAGCCGCAAUUGCCCCAGAAUCAGGAUCAUCUCGUCCGUAAAAUCUUCUCCAAAUUCCGGCGUACACCGCAGGUACAAGCCGGCAGCAAGGAGCUCGUCGGAUCCGGCCAAAGUGAUGUUGAGAAAGGCGAUGGCGAGGUCGAACGCACCAAGCUACCUGCUAAACUAACAUUAACCGAGGACUCACGCAUCCUAACAACCGCCGCCGUACCCUCACCAUCGCCAUCACCCUCGCCCUCAUCGGGUCCACCAUCUGCACGUAGUACCCGUGCUAGCAAAUGGGGACGCCUUCUGGGCAGUUCAAGUGUCGAUUCAGCUAGCGAUACUAGCGCCAAGGUAGCCGUCUCGAGAAGUUUGAGCGCCCGCGAAAGUCUGCGUGAGAGCACUGCCCAAGCGAGGCAGAGUAGUACUUCGAGUAGCAAUGGUGGACAAGGCAAUAAAGUAUUUCCCAAGGCGCCCAAGCUGCAGGCAAGCCAGGCGACCCUUGCCCGCCAGGACACCAUCGAUGAGGGGGGCGAGGUGGACUCUUCGCCUCCCAGUCGCGACAGUCGUGUGGUCAUCGAUGGCGGCGCAUCGAUUGCAACAACAACAACCGCUCCAGCCCUGCCAUCAACAGGUGGCGGGUCAACCGGAGCAGUCGCUGCGACAGCGAGUGGACCGAAAGAGAGGAACUUGGCAUUGGAGCGGGAGCGUCAGAUCGAGAUGGCCAGCUCGAGGGCAACCACAUCGGAUACCUAUGAUACGGGGCUGCGGGAGACGCCACCGACGCUGGCGCAGCGCGAUCUCAUAGCCACCGUGCUGGACAUGAAGGUGGAUGUGCGAUUGGAGCUGCAACGUAUGCAGCAGCGCAUUGGACGCAUCGAGGAUCUGCUCGGUGAGCUGGUGAAGCGUCUGGCGCCGCAGGUCGCAGUCUCCGUUCCAGUUGCAGUCGCAGUCGACAGCGGCAGCGGGCAGACAACGCCCGGCGACGACAUCUGUGCGGGUUGCGGUGCGGGAGGCGGUGGUGCGUCAUCGAUUACGCCCACAACAACGCCCGUGGACACUGUGAUAACCAUCUCAACACCGACAGCAGUUGCAACACUAUCAACAGGAGCAACAACAUCAACAGGAGCAACAACAGCGAGCGCCGGCGCUGGCGCUGGCAGCGGUCUACUAAAUCCAAGUGUCCAGGUUGUGUCGAGCGCAGGAGGCAACGGCCUGGGGCCACUGAUGCUCAAAAAGCGACGCUCGAAGAGCAGGAAAGCACCGGCGCCUCCUAAGCAGACACACGGCACAGCGGCCACAACGUUAACCGGAUCUGUAAGUGGAUCUGGAUCUGGAUCUGGUACGACAAGCUCAGCCCCUGCCUCCGCCUCCGUUUCCGUCGCUGCCUCCGCAACGAGUCCAACAACAACUGCUGCUAUUGAGUUGUUACAUUUACGCCUGCUCGAGGAGGAUUUCACGGCCGCACAGCAGCUACCAACAAGCGUUGUCACGCCCACAGCGACAACGCCGCCCCCAGCGGUGACGCCAACAACAACAACAGCAGCAACAACAAGCGCUGCAACAACGCCAACGGGCAGCGGGCGAGGCGUGAAGCGGGAAUUCCUCUAGCCCAAGAUACUGGUGCGCCAUCAGUCGGCGGAUAGCAGCAGCUUUGAGCAAUAAUCCUGGUCAAACUUUUAUAUGUAUCUAGUUGUACCCAGUAUUGCCGCUCUGGGCCAUUCAGAGUUUGCCUACGCAUACGCUUAGCUAGUCUAGACUUUAACUAUAACUUGUAAUACAAACUAAACUAUAA